AUAGCCGAGAGGGGACGCCUGUGUAGGAGGGGUACCGACCUGUGUGAUUUCGCAGAGUUCUGCAACGGAUCCUCUGAAUACUGUGUGCCUGACAUAAUAGCUGCAAACCUUGAGCCCUGCAGCAACAGAACCGCCUACUGCUACAACGGGGUCUGCCAAGACCUGGAUAGGCAAUGCUCGAAUUUGUUCGGAAAAUAUGCUAAGGGUCCUAAUUAUUUGUGUGCACAAGAAGUAAAUAUGCAAAAUGACAAGUUUGGAAACUGUCAUGGACGCUGCAACUUUAGUGAUGUAUUUUGUGGAAAACUGGUUUGUUACUGGAACUUUGCAGAAAUCUUAGAAACCGAAAAAUUUGAUGUCCAGUAUACUUACCUGUCAGACCAGGUGUGCUUGUCUGCACACUUAAGGGAACCUGGAGACAGAGAUGAGACCUAUGUUAACGACGGUACCAUUUGUGGUCCAGGCCAGGCCUGUAUCAACGGGAAAUGCUUACAUGUUCAUGCCGUUAGAGGAAAAAGGACUUGUCAUUACGACAAUAAAUGCCAAGGACACGGGAUUUGCAACAUGCUAGACAACUGUCAAUGUGAACCUGGCUUUGCACCUCCGGAGUGUGACAUGACUCCUUCAUCUCCAGGAGGAAGCUUUGAUGACGGAUUUUGGCUGCCCUAUG